AAUAGGCCAUGGCUGGCAGGGACUUAGGAUGGGACAUUUUUAGAGUGAGAAAGUCAGUGGAGAAGAAUCCAGGAGAGGGGACAAAUGGAGCCAAGCCCCUGACUGGCUGAGGGCUGGGCCCAAAAGACAAGAUGGUGUGGGGUUGACUGUCUGCCUAGGGUUUGGCUAGGUGUGUAAGGCUCUAGAAGGAGCUGGUACAGUCAUCCACUCAUCGACAUUAACUGAUGACUACUCUGUGCCAGACAGUGCCUAGAGGAGGAGAUUGAGUGCUGAAUACACUCCUUUACCCUAUUCCUGAGGAGACCAGAGUGUGGAGGCAGAGGGGACGUAAGACAGAGCCUGGUCUUCCCUCUCCUGGAGGACUCAAUGCUCUUGAGCAACCCUGCCUAUGACACUCCCCAUGGGCCCCAGGAGAGGCCAAGACGUUGUCAGGGAGAUGGAGAAACCAUUUCUUCACCUUCCACAGGAGGCCUCCCGCUCCCACUGCCCAGCAAUCCCGUGAGGCAACAGCAGGGGCUGAGGCAAGUCCAGCUCACAGCCGGGGAGGAGAUCAGGGAUGGGGCAGGUCAGGAAGACGCGUGGUUGGGCCAUUGCAUCAGGCCCAGGAGGGGCAUAAAGGAGGGUCCUGUGUGCUGGGAGGAGGCCGACUUGGGGACCAUGGAGACUCAGAGGGCCAGCCUCGCCCUGGGGCGGUGGUCACUGUGGCUACCGCUGCUGGGACUAGUGGUGCCCUCGGCCAGCGCCCAGGCCCUCAGCUACAGGGAAGCUGUGCUUCAUGCUGUGGAUCGUCUCAACGAGCGGUCCUCAGAAGCUAAUCUCUACCGCCUCCUGGAGCUGGACCCGCCUCCCAAGGCCGAUGAGAACCUGGACACCCCAAAGCCUGUGAGCUUCACGGUGAAGGAGACCGUGUGCCCCAGGACAACCCAGCAGCCCCCGGAGCAGUGUGACUUCAAGGAGAAUGGGCUGGUGAAAGAGUGUGUGGGGACAGUCACCCUGGCUCAGAUCAGGGACAACUUCGAUAUCACUUGCACUGUGGUGAGUGGCCCGUUCUGUGUUGUGGAGCUAAUAACAGGGUGCGUUGAGGAACAUCCUUUGGACCAAAUACCCACUGCCCCUUCCAGGGCAGAGAAAGGCCCUCCUACCUGGCCCCUCUCUCACCCGAGCCCCAGGCCUCCAGGACUGGCUCUGCCAUCCCUUAGAGCAGUGGUUCUCUAAGUGGGGUCCCACCCGGGAACUUGACAGAAAGGCAGAUUCCCAGGCCACACUCAGACCUCCUGAAUCAGACUCUGGGCUGGGGCCCAGCCAUUUGUAUUUUCACGAGGCCUCCAGGGGAUUCCGACUGUGCUGAAUUCUGAGAGGCACUGACUAGAGUAAUGUGCUUUCAGCCCCUACUCCCGUCUAGCUUUGCUGGGAUGGGCUUGUGACCCUGGGAAACCCCUUGCCAUCUGUGGACCCCAGUUUCCUCAUCUGUCUGUGGAUGUAGGGUUUCAACCACAUGCUCCAAAGGUCACAGCCAGAAAGUGAACUGGGGCCCAAAGUCUCCUGAAGUCACCCAGUUAGUGGGGAUGUCCACAUGGGGAGGAUUCUGGUCUUACCCUGGGCCCAUUUUCCAUAGUAACUUGUUUCUUCCUGUUGCAUAGCCCCAGAGUGUCAGAGGACUGAGAAGCCUGGGUAGGAAGAUACUAAGAGGUUGGAAGAAGUAUGGCCCAAUUAUCGUCCCAAUAAUCAGAUUAAUUGGGUGAAUUGUGAGCCCAGGGAAAAGACCUAAGGGUCUGC